AUGAGGAUUGCACAACUAUUAUAUAUCGCGAGUGUGGUUAUCGCAUCGAUCGAGGCGGUGGAAUAUCUAAUUCGCUUCGAGACGAAGAAGGCCAAGUGCCUGAAUCCGCCGAGAACUGCGAGGAAAGUUGAGUCGGUUAUCACUGAGUGCCAGAAUGAGGUGCGAAAUAAGUUGGUUAGUGAGGCAUAUGAGAUACUCAAGGAGCAAGUGUCGCACAAUCAACCUGCAAUUGAUCCCCAUGAUGACUCCAUCGACUUCGUUUGGCCCUCUGUUCCUGGCGGCUCUUCUUCAAUAGAUCACACCCCCAACAUAAGCAACUAUGAGUAUAUAGUCUACGAUGAACCAGAACCACAUCGACAUGUUGCCAGACUCAUGAGGAAUAUCCGACGACUCGAUGUCACCAGUUCGGGGAUAUAUCAUCCCACUUUGGUUCCCUUGGAAGACAAACGCAUUGCGGGGUGCCUGUUGCAUUGCGUAUACGCCAAGAAUAACGCCAUCGACAAGAAGGGCUGGCCCACGCUGGACGGACUGGUGCACUUCUACUCCGAGGGCGUCCACGAGCACGGAUUCUUCAUGGCCACUCUUCGGUCCGUGAAUCUCUGCCUCCGGGCAAUGACCACCAGGUACGGAGUGAAUCGCAAGGAGCUGCCGCAGAAAGGAGAAAGCUGCGAUCUGGCUUUUGAUGUCUUCGACUGUAUAUCCGACCAAAUCACCGGCUACUGCCUGGAUCAGUACAGCAGAUAUUGA